AACUAGAGCCAGUGAGAUUUGCUGACAUUCCUGGUACGCACCUGGGGAGGAGACCAGUGCCCAGUGGCCUGGCAGACUGUGGCCUUUUCUCAGAGGGGCACUGAGACCCGGGAACAUGAGGGAGGUGACCUGCGGGAGGGGGUGGGUGCCUCAGGGCCUGUCACCCUGUGACUUGACUUGGGUGCCUCUUCCCACAGGGGCUGCAUGGUGUUCUCGGGCCCCUAUGUCUGGGCCAACUUCACUAUCCUGGCCCUGGGCGUGUGGGCUGUUGCUCAGCGGGACUCCAUUGACGCCGUCAGUAUGUUUCUGGGUGGCUUGGCGACCACCAUCUUCUUGGACAUCAUCCACAUCAGCAUCUUCUACCCGCGGGACAGCCUCUCUGACACGGGGCGCUUCAGUGCCGGUAUGGCCAUCCUCAGCCUGCUGCUCAAGCCCUUCUCCUGCUGCCUCGUCUACCACAUGUACCGGGAGCGCGGGGGUGAGCUGCUCUACACUGGUUUUCUUGGAUCUUCACAGGAGCGCAGUGCCUACCAGACGAUUGACCCCCCAGAGGUACCCACAGACCCCUUUGCAAGCUCAGAGGGCAAGGGUCAUGCCCCCUAUGGGUACUGAAGCCAGCCCCACUUCAGCCGCACCCAGGGGCCAGUUUGACAAACUGCUGUGGAGGCCCAGGCUGCAUCGCUUUCCUUGUGCCUUGGACAUGUGUUAGAGGGGUUCCUGACCCCCUUUCUCAGACCUAACAUGGCACGUGUCCUCCUGUUCCCCAUCUCAGGGGCUUCGUGAAUCAAGAACCUGAGAGGCCAGGAGCCCUGGGCACACCUGUGCCAAACUUCCUGAGGCCUCCCCUCCCUUCAGAGUACCCCACUGGUCCCAGGCUGGGAUCCGUGGCCUCCUUCCUCCCCUCCACCCUUAGCUGCUCAAUGCAGGGUCAGGCCUCUGAGGGCCAGUGACACCCCCUGCCCCAGCCCCUGCCCCAGGCCUGGUUUGUUCAUCUCCCCUCGCAAAAGCUCUGAGAGCUUUGCUCAGCCUGGGAGCCCUCUGGUGUGUGGGUGGGUCCCUGUGCUUCUUGUUGCCUGACGACCCCGGGGCUGGAGGCAGGAGUUUCUGCAGCACCUGAGACCCACCUCGGCCUCUACCGGCCCCUCUCAGAGCCAUGCAUUAAAGUUUGGGGAAUUCUGUA